AUGGUAGAUACGCGAUGUCAUUCCUUCGAGGAAGCCUCUCAGGCAGGCAACCACAGAAUCCUAUCAUUUUCUUCACACUCUGGAUCCAAUUCAUCCAGAGAUAGCGAUUCAGUCCGACUAACCGAGUUUGCAACUAUUAAUGUGCCAUUCUUUGAGUCUCAAACUUCCCAAUCAUUGUCUCAAAAGCCCAAAAUCCGCCUGAUACCUGCACUUCGAUCCAAAGAGAAUCGGAUCUCGUCCCCAGAAAGAGGCCGAAGUAGUUUUAGAGCUGCAGCAAGUCUAUCAGCAGCCAGAAGUCCCUUUCGAGGUCCAAUCUCGCCGGAUCGAUUUAUCCCGAAACGAGACUUUGUGGAGCCAGCAUCUACAACAUUUCGCGUAGCGAAGAAACCACAACGUCUUUCACCUCAGGAGAGAUUAUUCCGGCGAAUUCCCCCAGGAAAUGACCCAUUUAUGCCAGCAAUAUCACCCAGGAAUUCAACCGGUCGUGGAAACCAGCAGCCAACCAGACUCCAGCGGAUCCCAUAUCAACGGCCUCAUUUAGUCACUGAAUUUACCGUCGCAGCCAACAACACUGUGCGCGAAACUUUUUUACAAGCUAGCCCUGGCGCAGUUUGGAACGUGGGCGGGGCCUCCGCAGCUCGUGGUAGUACUGUUACUGUGACUCCUGACCAGGACACGCCCACUACUUCGGGAAAUGGAUCAACCGCUCCAACUUUUGUGGCUCGCUUCUUGCCCAAGAAGCCAAAAUACAGCGAAUCUGAGAUUCAUGAGUCGAGACUUGCGCUUGCCUUGAGCAUUGAUCCGACCAACAGGCUGCUUGGUACGUCUUUGGGAUGUUUUGAUGCUCCCCUCAAUCCCGUAUCUCCAGACUUCGAGCGCCUCUCUCCAUUCGUUUGGAAGGAUAAUGCAUGGAAGAAAAUAGAAAGAGAUCAUUGGCCCACACCUCGUGCCAAAAAGGAAGUUGUUCCAUCGAAGCCUUUUCGAAUCCUAGAUGCCCCCUUCCUUCGGGACGAUUUUUACUGCAGUACGCUUGCAUACUCGGUAACAUCUGGGAUUUUGGCCGUGGGUCUCGGUCACCAAGUAUACCUCUGGUCUGAAGGACGGGGAGUGGAUUAUCCACCCUUUGGAGAUAUGCACCCAUCAAACUAUGUGACCUCCCUAUCGUUUUCAUCCGAGGAUGGUGGGAGAAGUAUCCUUGCUGUAGCUCGUCGUUCAGGUCAAUUAUCUCUAUGGUGCACUUUCGAGAAGCAUGUCCGGUUUGAGAUCAGUCAUCCCAACAGCAUCACCUGUGUGGCAUUCAAGCCGAAAACAUCUCGCCGAGUGUCUGAGCGAUUGAUCCAUAUGGAAGUCAAUGUCGAAGAGAUCGUUGUAGGUGAUGAACUAGGAAAUAUCUGGUACUACUCGGUGGAGUGGUCUGGCGAGGAGGAACAAGCCAACUGGAAAUGGAACGGAUCCAUGACGCUACUUGCCAAAAUCUGUGCGCACAACCAACAAAUUUGCGGACUGACGUGGUCGCCCGAUCAAACGUACCUCGCCACAGGAGGGAACGACAAUGUCUGUCUUCUUUUCGAACUAAAUCGGAUCGUUCCACCACAGUCUGUCCACCACACAGUCACGCCAGAUUCCCCGAGCAGCUUUAGCUUUGGGGCCUUCCCAUAUCAUGCCAUAGGCACCGCAGCAAGACGACUAUUUCACAGACGACCUGCUGUCGGACAACAUCCCCCAUCAUGGGUUGUUCCGCCUCCGUUCAAGCCUCCAACCUCAACUCCUCUUCUGAGCCAUGCAGGAACUCUGAUCUCCGGCGGUGGGCGAACAAUCCUAGUCCCGUUCGACCGCCAAAAGCACCGCCUACAUCACUCCGCAGCAGUCAAAGCAAUCGCAUUCGCGCCAUGGCAAUCAUCCCUCCUCGCCACAGGAGGCGGCUCCAACGACCGAGCCAUCCACUUCUACCACACCCGCAGCGGAGCUUGUCUUGCAAAAAUCAACGUCUUUUCCCAGGUGACCAGCCUAAUCUGGAGUCAGACCCGGCGCGAGAUCGCAGCUACCUUUGGCUACGCACAGCCUGAUCACUCAUUCCGAAUCGCUGUUUUUGCUUGGCCCAGCUGCGCCCAGGUUGCAGUCGUGCCCUGGGGGCCCCAUGGAACCAGCUGGAAUGGACCGGAACCUCGUACUAACACUGACUGCGGAAGAGCUCUGUGGGCAAUUCGAUAUCCAGGGAAACUACCUCGGUCUUUGGGUUUCUCCUUGAAUGAAGUGGAGCAGCCGUGCUCGCCUUUGUCCCAGACCAGUUCAGCGACUGGGACUCCGUCUGAGGGCGAAUCGGGCUCUGUGCGACGAGUCCAAACGAGGGCGGUGACGCCUAAGGAGAAGGAAGGUGGGAUGUGGUGUGCCAGAACUGUUGAAGAAGGGUGUAUUAUUGUUGCCUCGAGUGAUCAGACUGUCAAGUUUCAUGAGGUGUGGACCGGACGCAAGUCAAGUACUAGCUCUGCCAGUGGACUGUUUGGUGGAAGUUCUAUCCUUGAAGGUUUGGAGGGGAUUGAGAAGUCCGGUGGAGAAGUCAUUCGCUAA